UUGCAGAAGUUUGUGGAAGUUAUCUCGUGCUUGAAAAUACUCUCUCAGUCAACUGGAACAGCGAUCCUGCUUUACGAAGAGUUGAAGAGAACAACAGAUGACAUGACACCCUCAUUGCUGGAACCGUUUGAUGCAUCGACGGUGGAACGCGACCGAGCAUUGGAACUGCUCAGACAUCGCUCGGACUUGCAGUUAAUCGCCGAAGAAGGCGUGAAGUUAUAA